UUGUCCAUGUGAUCAUGAGCUCCCGACUGCCUGCCCACAUCCCUGGACCGCAGCAGCUUCUCGGAUGCUGCAUGCCUCGGAGUCUGCUCGGAUGAAGAAAUUCGGAUAGGCCGUGUAUGAUUAUCGAGGGCUGCAGUAGCUUUCCCCUCGGUCAAUGACAAAUUUCCCCUUCCUAUCGGCAUCCCUCCCUCCCUCCCUCUCUCGCACGCACGCUCUCUCGCUGGCUCUUCGUGGGCUGUCUGGAAUUCGCUCACAGCUGCCGGAUUACGCUCGCGGAUUGAGUUUGGAUAGACCGAAAGCUGAGGUUGUGCUGGGCACGCGCGAGCGAGUCAAGGAGUGUGAGCACGCUGCUGUGUUUUUGCGAGCUCAACCGUCCACGGAUCGUACACAGCGUCAUCAUGCCCGGUCUCUCGUGAUCAUGAGCAGCGAGCCAGCCAAGUUAAGCUCUCGUUGCUCAUGUGAGCGGUGCAUUGUGGCUUACGCUGUGAGCUUCUCCAUAACUGCAGGGAAGCAAGCAGGCAGGCAAGCAGGGAGGCAGGCGAACUGCAGCUGGAGCUGCUGGACGGACCCAUACUUUUUUCGCUUCUCUGGAUUUCAGACCCUUUGGGGCAUGCGUUUUGUCCAUGCAUGUGCCUCAUCCUUCUGAGAUUCAGAUAAGUCGGAACACAAUUAGCUCUUUCGCUUGUGAUGCGAUCCAGAUUCUGGAGCGGCUCCGGGCUCCAUUAGAUUAUAUUGAAGGCCUCGUGUUGGGAGAGGCCUUCAGAACAGCCUUUAGACAGGUUGGACCAGGAGGAGGACUAUUGAGCUCCGGUGAGCUUCGACUCCAUUCGCAGCUCAAGGACGAGGCGCUCAUCUCACAGGUUCUCAAGGAGCUCGUUUCAAGGUUCUUCAGGUUUAGCAGAGGCUAAUUGGCUUCAAGCGUGGGACCCAUUGCAUGAGACGGUUCGCUCGAGCUCUGGAGCCUGCCUACUUGCCUACCUCCAUGAAUGCGAACAAUGCAAAAGUCAAGAAUAGUAAUUCGAAAUAGGCUGAAUAGGAGCUGCUGGGCCAUGGGGGACCAAAUAAUUCCUUGAAAACUGCCCACGUUCACCCGACUGGCUGGUUAAGUUGGUGCUAUCGGGAGAAGUUCUCGAUGCAAGGUGCUUGUCAAAGUCUAUAGAAGGCACAGGAAGCUCCAAGUGACAAUAAAACAAAGGCAUGUGCGUCGAGAUUCCAAAACCCUGGACGUCGUGGCAG